AUGGGUCUCAAGUUCGCAGACGUUCCAAACGGUCUCGCUGCCAUCUCGAAGGUACCCGCCGGAGGCUGGACCCAGAUCCUGCUGUACAUGGGUUGGUGCGAGGUGUCUCGCGGAGCAGGCUCCGACAUCGCCAGCGGCCGCCCUGGCGACUUCGGCUGGUACGUCCUCACCAGCGCGGACGCCGAGGAGAAAAAGAAAAAGUUGAACGCAGAGUUGGCAAACGGCCGCCUUGCGAUGAUGGCCAUCAUUGGCAUGUUCUACCAGGACGGCCUGACUGGCUCCGCCUGGGGUGACUGGGCCAACUACACGGAGUCCCCGCUCCGCGCGGCCCCGGACUUUACUCAGGAGCUGGGCGUCACGCCACCCCUGGGAUUCUUCGACCCGCUGGGCCUUAGCAAGUACGAUAACGAUGAGAUCGCCAAGCAGCAGUUCCGCCGAAGGCGGAUCGUCGAGCUGCAGCACGGCCGAGUGGCCAUGCUGGCAUGCAUCGGAUACAUUGUCCCUGAGUACGUUCGCUUCCCAGGAUUCUGCGCCCCCUCGCAGAACUUGGCCUUCACAGAUAUCCCCAACGGCCUGAAGGGCGCCGCAGCAGUGCCCCUGGCAGGAUGGCUCCAGAUCAUCACCUUCGUCGGCAUAAUCGAGGUGACCAACCUCCAGAGCAUUCAGACAGACGUCCUCGGCGACUACGGCUACGGCGCAUUCGGCCUUCCGUUCGGCAAGAAGAUCGAGGAUGCAGAGAAGAAGGCGAAGAGCUUGAAUGCUGAGAUCAACAACGGAAGGUUGGCAAUGAUGGCCAUCAUCGGAAUGUUCUUCCAGGACGGCCUCACCGGGUCCGCCUGGGGCGACUGGGCCAACUACACUGACUCGCCCCUCCGUGCUGCUCCCGACUUCUCCGGGGAGCUUGGUGUGACGCCGCCCCUGGGAUUUUUCGAUCCUCUGGGCCUCAGCAAGUUCGACGACCCGCAGAUCGCUGCUGCGCAGUUCAAGCGCCGCCGCAUCAUCGAGAUCCAGCACGGGCGCGUUGCCAUGCUGGCCUGCAUUGGAUAUAUUGUGCCGGAAUACGUCCGCUUCCCAGGCUUCUGCGCGCCCUCUCAGAACCUGGCCUUCACUGAUAUCCCGAACGGCCUGAAGGGGGCCGCUGCCGUGCCUCUCUCAGGCUGGCUCCAGAUCAUCACCUUCGUUGGAAUCAUCGAGGUGACGAACCUCCAGAGUAUCCAGACCGACGUGCUGGGUGACUACGGCUAUGGUGCCUUCGGCUUGCCCUUCGGCAAGAAGAUCGAGGAUGCAGAGAAGAAGGCGAAGAGUCUGAACGCCGAGAUCAACAACGGCAGGCUGGCCAUGUUCGCCAUCAUCGGCAUGUUCUUCCAGGAUGGCCUCACCGGCUCCGCAUGGGGCGACUGGGCCAACUACACCGAGUCCCCUCUCCGAGCCUUCGAGGAGGAGCUGGGUGUGCAGGCACCUGUGGGCUUCUGGGAUCCUGUCGGCUACACCCGUGACGGCAACGUCGAGACCUUCAAGCGCCGCCGUGAGACGGAAAUCAAGCACGGCCGCGUCGCCAUGUACGCCACCAUGGGCUACAUCGUGCCUGAGUACUUCAAGUGGCCAGGAUUCCUCUCGCCGUCCCUGGGAUUGAAGUUCUCCGACGUGCCCAACGGAUUGGCCGCCAUCACCAAGGUGCCUGGCGCAGGCUGGGCUCAGAUCGUGGCCUUCGCCGGCUACUACGAGCUCUUCGUGUACAAGUACAGCGGAACCCCCGGUGACUACGGCUGGAAGAUCCUCACCUCCAGCGAUCCAGAGGGUCUGAAGAAGAAGUUGAGCGCUGAGAUUGCCAACGGACGGCUGGCGAUGAUGGCGAUCAUUGGCAUGUUCUUCCAGGACGGCCUCACAGGCUCCGCCUGGGGCGACUGGGCCAACUACACUGACUCCCCUCUUCGCGCCUUCGAGGAUCAGCCGGGAGUGCAGCCACCUGUGGGCUUCUGGGAUCCCCUUGGCCUGUCUGCCAGCGGAAACGUUUCGGACUACAACCGCCGCCGGGAGGUCGAGCUGAAGCACGGACGUGUGUGUAUGUUCGCCACCAUCGGCUACAUCCUGCCUGAGUACUGGAGGUUCCCCGGAUACCUCUCCAAGUACCUGGACAUCAAGUUCUCCGACGUGCCCAACGGCCUCAACGCGCUUUCCAAGGUUCCUGCCUUCGGUUGGCUUCAGAUCGUGGGCUUCGCUGGAAUCGUGGAAUUGAACAUCUACAACGAGCAGAUCAACAACGAGCCGGGAAACUACGGCGCAGGCUUCCUCGGCCUGAGGUCCAUUGGCUUCAUGAACGCCGGCAUCCAGGACCCCGAGACUCGCAAGAAGAAGCUGAACGCUGAGUUGGCCAACGGCCGCCUGGCCAUGUUUGCCAUCAUCGGGAUGUUCUUCCAGGACGGCCUCACUGGCUCCGCCUGGGGCGACUGGGCCAACUACACGGACUCCCCCCUGCGUGCCUUCGAGGAUCAGACUGGAGUGCAGCCGCCUGUCGGAUUCUGGGACCCUCUGGGUCUCUCCCAAAGCGGCAAUGUCUCGGACUUCAAUCGCCGCCGUGAGGUCGAGCUCAAGCACGGACGAGUGUCCAUGUUCGCCACCAUUGGCUACAUCCUUCCGGAGUACUGGAGGUUCCCCGGAUACCUCUCCAAGUACCUGGACAUCAAGUUCGCCGACGUGCCCAACGGCCUGAGCGCUUUCUCCAAGGUCCCUGCAUUCGGUUGGCUGCAGAUCGUCGGCUUUGCCGGCAUCGUGGAGGUCAAUAUCUACAACGAGCAGAUCAACAGCGAGCCGGGCAACUACGGAGCGGGCUUCCUCGGCUUGAGGUCCAUCGGCGUCAUGAACACCGGCAUCGAGGACCCUGAGACUCGCAAGAAGAAGCUGAAUGCCGAGUUGGCCAACGGACGCCUUGCCAUGAUGGCUAUCAUUGGCAUGUUCUUCCAGGACGGCCUGACUGGCUCUGCCUGGGGUGAUUGGGCCAACUACACUGCCUCGCCUCUGCGAGCCUUCGAGGAGGAGCUCGGCGUUCAGCCUCCAGUUGGCUUCUGGGACCCUGUCGGCUACACCCGCGACGGCAGUGUGGAGACCUUCAAGCGCCGCCGAGAGACCGAGAUCAAGCACGGUCGCGUGGCGAUGUAUGCAACCAUGGGCUACAUCGUGCCUGAGUACUUCAAGUGGCCAGGAUUCCUGUCGCCUUCCCUCGGCCUCAAGUUCUCGGAUGUGCCAAACGGCCUUGCCGCAAUCUCCAAGGUUCCUGGUGCAGGCUGGGCGCAGAUCGUGGCCUUCGCCGGCUACUACGAGCUCUUCGUGUACAAGUACAGCGGAACCCCAGGUGACUACGGCUGGAAGCCAAUCACCUCCGCGGAUCCUGAGGGGUUGAAGAAAAAGCUCAGCGCGGAGCUGGCCAACGGUCGUCUUGCCAUGAUGGCCAUCAUUGGCAUGUUCUUCCAGGACGGUCUGACAGGCUCUGCCUGGGGUGAUUGGGCCAACUACACCGACUCCCCUUUGCGUGCAUUCGAGGAUCAGACUGGCGUGCAGCCACCUGUGGGCUUCUGGGAUCCCCUCGGUCUGUCGGCAAGCGGCAACGUCUCGGACUUCAAGCGCCGCCGUGAGGUCGAGCUGAAGCACGGACGCGUCGCCAUGUUCGCCACCAUCGGCUACAUCCUGCCAGAGUACUGGAGGUUCCCUGGAUACCUGUCCAAGUACCUGGACAUCAAGUUCGCGGACGUGCCCAAUGGCCUGAGCGCUUUCUCCAAGGUGCCCGCCUUCGGCUGGCUGCAGAUCGUGGGAUUCGCCGGCAUCGUGGAGGUGAACAUCUACAACGAGCAAGUCAAGGAUGAGCCGGGCAACUACGGAGCCGGCUUCCUCGGAUUGAGGUCCAUCGGCUUCAUGAACGCCGGCAUCGAGGACCCAGAGACGCGAAAGAAGAAGCUCAAUGCGGAGUUGGCCAACGGACGCCUUGCCAUGUUUGCCAUCAUUGGCAUGUUCUUCCAGGACGGCCUUACUGGCUCUGCUUGGGGUGAUUGGUCGCUGUACACUGCUUCGCCUCUCCGAGCCUUCGAGGGUGAGCUUGGCGUCCAGGCGCCCGUGGGAUUCUGGGAUCCUCUGGGGCUCUCGGCGGAUGGCGACGCCGAGGUCUUCAAGCGACGCCGCGAGGUGGAGCUGAAGCACGGACGUAUCUCCAUGUUCGCGACCAUCGGCUACAUCGUGCCGGAGUACUUCCGCUGGCCUGGAGAGCUCUCCCCGAAGCUCGGCCUGAAGUUCACGGACAUCCCCAACGGCCUCGCUGCUUUGACGAAAGUGCCAGGUCAGGGGUGGGGGCAGAUUGUGGCCUUCCUGGGCACGUAUGAGCUCUUCAUCAACAAGCCGGUUGGCGAUGAGCCUGGCAACUACGGCAAGGGCAACCUGGGCCUGGGCUUCCUGCCCUCCGUGGCCGACCCCGAGGCGCGCACUCGCAAGCUCUCCGCGGAGCUUGCAAACGGACGCCUUGCGAUGAUGGCCAUCAUCGGCAUGCUCUUCCAGGAUGGCCUGACCGGCUCUGCCUGGGGUGACUGGGCCCUGUACACCGACUCGCCCCUGCGCGCCUUCGAGCAGGAGCUGGGUGCUCAGCCGCCUCUCGGAUUUUGGGAUCCUGUUGGAUUCACCAAGGACGGCAGCGCAGACAACUUCAAGCGACGCCGCGCCGUUGAGAUCAAGCACGGCCGCGUCGCCAUGCUGGCAACCAUGGGCUACAUCACCCCGGAGAUCGCUGGAAAGUGGGGAGGCAUCUGUGCCACUGACCUGAACUUCUCCGACAUCCCCAACGGCCUGGCCGCCUUGAAGGUGGUGCCUUUCGCAGGCUGGUUGCAGAUCUUCGCCUACUGCGGAUUCGUCGAGUUCUCCUCCGGCCUCGGCGAGGAUGCCUGGGGCAGCAAGAAGGCCGGCGACGUCGGCUGGAAGCCCCCUUUCUUCUCCGCCGGUGACGACGAGACGAAGAAGAGGAGGCUCGCAGCAGAGCUUGCCAACGGACGUCUGGCAAUGAUGGCCAUCAUCGGCAUGUUUUUCCAGGACGGCUUGACCGGCUCCGCAUGGGGUGACUGGGCGAACUACACGGCGUCGCCGCUGCGCGCAUUCGAGCAGGAGCUGGGUGCCCAGCCACCCCUGGGAUUUUGGGAUCCUGUCGGAUUCACCAAGGACGGCAGCGCCGACAACUUCAAGCGACGCCGCGCCGUCGAGAUCAAGCACGGCCGCGUCGCCAUGCUGGCAACCAUGGGCUACAUCACCCCGGAGAUCGCUGGAAAGUGGGGAGGCAUCUGUGCCACUGACCUGAACUUCUCCGACAUCCCCAACGGCCUGGCCGCCUUGAAGGUGGUGCCUUUCGCAGGCUGGUUGCAGAUCUUCGCCUACUGCGGAUUCGUCGAGUUCUCCUCCGGCCUCGGCGAGGAUGCCUGGGGCAGCAAGAAGGCCGGCGACGUCGGCUGGAAGCCACCUUUCUUCUCCGCCGGUGACGACGAGACGAAGAAGAGGAGGCUCGCAGCAGAGCUUGCCAACGGACGUCUGGCAAUGAUGGCCAUCAUCGGCAUGUUUUUCCAGGACGGCUUGACCGGCUCCGCAUGGGGUGACUGGGCGAACUACACGGCGUCGCCGCUGCGCGCAUUCGAGCAGGAGCUGGGUGCCCAGCCACCCCUGGGAUUUUGGGAUCCUGUCGGAUUCACCAAGGACGGCAGCGCCGACAACUUCAAGCGACGCCGCGCCGUCGAGAUCAAGCACGGCCGCGUCGCCAUGCUGGCAACCAUGGGCUACAUCACCCCGGAGAUCGCUGGAAAAUGGGGAGGCAUCUGUGCCACUGACCUGAACUUCUCCGACAUCCCCAACGGCCUGGCCGCCUUGAAGGUGGUGCCCUUUGCAGGCUGGUUGCAGAUCUUUGCCUACUGCGGAUUCGUCGAGUUCUCCUCCGGCCUCGGCGAGGAUGCCUGGGGCAGCAAGAAGGCCGGCGACGUCGGCUGGAAGCCCCCUUUCUUCUCCGCUGGUGACGACGAGACAAAGAAGAGGAGGCUCGCAGCAGAGCUUGCCAACGGACGUCUGGCAAUGAUGGCCAUCAUCGGCAUGUUUUUCCAGGACGGCUUGACCGGCUCCGCAUGGGGUGACUGGGCGAACUACACGGCGUCGCCGCUGCGCGCGUUCGAGGGUGAACUCGGUGUGCAAGCGCCCGUCGGAUUUUGGGACCCGUUGGGCCUCUCCGCCGAUGGCGACAUGGACACCUUCAAGCGCCGACGCGCUGUCGAGCUGAAGCACGGGCGCAUUUGCAUGCUGGCCUGCGUGGGCUACAUCAUUCCGGAGUACUUCCGUUGGCCCGGCUACCUCUCCCCCGAGAAGGGCCUCAAGUUUUCGGAGAUGCCCCACGGCAUCGCAGCGAUCUCGAAGGUUCCUCUCGAGGGCUGGCUGCAGAUCGUUCUUUUCAUCGGCCACUACGAGGGAUAUUUCUGGCGCCAAGAUGCCAAGCGAGCGCCUGGUGACUUCGAAGGCUAUGGCUUCCUGGGUGUGGGCAAGAACUUCAUCAUCAACGUGGACCCGAUCGAAUUCCAGGACGCUGAUGUCAAGAAGACCAAGCUCGCUGCAGAGCUUGCGAACGGACGCUUGGCAAUGGUGGCACUGAUGGCGAUGCUCUUCCAGAAUGGCACUGUCGGCACCACCGGCCCUGCCAUGUGGCUUCCGAGCGCGUGA